UUGCUGUCCCACUUGCCUUUGUGUGGGUGCUGGUGUGUGUGCAAAACAGAGCAAAAACAAUUGCGCGACAAGAAAUCCAAAUAUCAUUAAACAUUACGUGGAUUCAGUUUAAUAAACGCCUUGCAGCCAACCACUAGUCAACAGCGGUGUCCUGCGUAUAUUGAUAGGGCCGAGGCAGAGGUGUUAGCUAUACAAAUAGGUACAAAUAAACGAUUCUCAGUCACGACCCCAGCCCCUCCCACACAGAAACCAUGAUGAGCCUGCUCGGGCGCACCGAUGUGGAUGCGGGCGAAGUGUUCGUCAACUUCAACCAGAACAUAACUUCCCUGGCCGUGGCCACCAGUGGAGGCUACAGCCUGUACAGCCUGGGCUCCGUGGACUCGACCCUGGACAAGAUCUACCACACGAAAAGCGACGAGCUGUUCCUCAUCGAGCGUCUGUUCGAGAGCUCCUUGGUGGCAAUAGUUUCCCAGCGAGCACCACGCAAGCUCAAGGUGUGCCACUUUAAGAAGCAGAGCGAGAUCUGCAACUACUCGUAUGCAAACACAAUACUGGCCGUGAAGCUCAAUCGCGAGCGAUUGAUUGUGUGCCUGGAGGAGUCAUUGUAUAUCCACAAUAUCCAGGACAUGAAGGUGGUGCACACCAUACGCGACACACCGUGCAAUCCGCAGGGUCUUUGUGCCCUCUCCUCGUCGUCGGAGCACUGCUAUCUGGCCUACCCAGGCAGCGUGACUGCUGGCGAGGUACAGAUCUUUGAUGCCAUCAACUUGCACGCCAAGACCAUGAUUCCCGCCCACGACACACCUCUGGCGGCAUUGGCCUUUAGUCCCUCGGGCACGGAGAUAGCCACGGCCAGUGAGCGUGGCACGGUGAUCCGAGUCUUCAGCUCCCAGGAUGGCAGUCGACUCUUUGAACUGCGACGGGGACUAAAGCGCUGUGUGUCCAUCGUUUCGCUGUCGUUUAGCACGUGCGCCGAAUAUCUGGUGUCCAGCUCCAACACCGAGACGGUUCACAUCUUCCGGCUGGAUCGCAGUGCCACGGAAACAGCCGAAGGCCAUGGCAGCAAGCAGUCGAGCGACGACUGGAUGGGUUACUCGUUUUUUAGAUUCUUAAGCAAAACGGUCACCAGCUACCUGCCCACGCAGGUGACCGACGUGUUUAGCCAAGGCCGUGCCUUCGCCUCGGUCACUCUGCCGGAGGCGGGAGUGCGCAGGAUGUGCGCUAUUGCCACGAUACAAAAGCAGCUAAGACUUUUGAUUGCCUCGCAGGAUGGGUACUUGUACGUGUAUUCCAUUCCCACCGUCGAGGGCGCAGAGUGCCAGCUAAUAAAGAGGCACGACCUGCGGCUGGAGGACCACUAUGCCAUGGAUAUCAAAGGUGCUUAACUGUUCGCUUCUCGCACACACUUCACACUUACACACAUCCCAACCAAACCCACAAUCGAAACAAAUUCUCUAGUUGAUUCACCUCAAACUCUAGGCCUUAACAGUGGCGUGAGCAUUGGCGGAGCAGCUGGAGUUCCGCCGAGCAGUGCAAGUGCAGCCGGAGCAGGCACUGGUGGAAGUGGCGGUGAUGGCAAGUCGGCUGUUUCUGUUACCGGUGGUGUCGACAAACCAAGUAGCUCCUAUGCGUCGGCCGUGAAGGGUGACGAUCCCGUGGGACCCUCAUCCGCUUAGACAAGGUCAAUGAUCAAAAAUGAGAGAUGCAGCGAUGGUAAACGAAACUCACUCCUCAAAGUAAUAAGGACGAUGAUGCUAAAGUGAUUACAAUGAUGCUUGGCGACUGGCGGCGGCGAUAAUGAUGAUGAAUAAACGACGGUGGCUCUGUGGCGUCAAGCGUAUUUAAGUAAAUAAAUAGGUCAUAGACUUAAUUUAGCUCUUAACGUUGUCAGCGAUGAUUCUUCCUCGUUUUGUACCAGCCAAUAUUCCUUUGUACGGCCUCUCCCUACCCAAAACAUUUUUUAGUUUUAAGCCUCCGUUCCUGGCGCUGCCAUUGGAAUGUGAAAUGCUUUUGUCAUACACUCCUAAGUUAGUUGUUAAUUAAUAAUUUAGACGGAUUUACAGAUUCGCUUUGAUAUUUGAGUUGCCAGCUUUUUAUACAAAAUAAACGGCCUUUGCAAAUUAGUUUUUAAUUUUUUUAUUUUUCCAGUCCUCGCGCAUCUUCCCUUGACAAUCCACCGAACUCGAUUUGUAUGUAAAGUUCUCGCCUAGCUAUUGUUUAAUCAUAUCGAAAUAUCUCGGAUUAAGCACAUACACCACACCUAUAUAUAUAUAUUAUAUAUUCAAUUUAAAAUUUAACAUUCAGCUAGCGACACGAUGAGUGAAAUGAAAUUCAAAAAAUCGGAGCGUGCAAUGGAGGAACAAUUUUCGGCAUAUAUAAAUAGAAUAUAUUUUGUACAAAGUCAAAUAUUUUAGAACAUAAUGUUUAAAAUGAAAACAGUUUACAAAUGAAACUCAUACGCUACUUUAUUGUAUUCAAUAAAUUAUUUGAAUUAAAAUUUGUUUGUGGGUGCCUUUUCGGUGUCUU